GAUUUUUCCCGCAACUGUAGAUUAAGAUGGAGUUAUCUGCCCAUAGAUGGCGUUGUUGUCGUGAGAUAUUACAUGGCCGACAUCUACAUCUCUUCCUGUUCCUCUAGACUACUACAAUGAAAUGUAUAGAAAGUUGUGUAUGGAAUGUAUCAUAACACAGUGAUCAACAGAUGACAAUGCCCAUGGAUCAGAAUAAUCAGCAGCAUCAUGAGACAUGGCCAAAAGGAACUCAGGUUGUGGCAAAUUAUAACUUUGAUGGAUCUUCACCAGAUGAUUUACCAUUUAAAAAAGGAGAUGUGAUAACUAUUGUACAGUCCACAAGGGAUCCAAAUUGGUAUAAAGGAAGAAAUGAUAAUGGCAAGGAAGGAAUGGUGCCUGCCACUUAUGUACAGAAAAGGAAAGAAGUUCACUUACAGGCAAUGCCUUGGUAUCACGGUAAAAUCUCCCGAGAGGAGGCCGAGGCCCUGUUAAAUAAUUUCCGUGAGGAGGGGGACUUCCUUAUUAGGGACAGUGUCCAUUUUCACGGGGACUAUACACUGUCCAUUUACUUUGAGGGUCUGGUGGACCAUUAUAGAAUUAUUGCUAAAAACAACAAGUUGGAAGUGGAUGGUGGUGACUGUUUAUUUGAUAACUUAAUACAACUUGUGGAGGUACUGUAACACAGACUAUAAAGA